AUGUCAGACGAUUCAGGGCUCCGUGAUCAACUACUGGAGAAGAAUGAAAUCUCAGAUAGUUACUAUCAUGUUGAUCAACAGAGUGAUUCAAUGAAGGUGGAAGAACAAAACAAUGACAAUUCAGAGAACGAUUCUCUGCAAACCAAACACUCCAAAGGUAGCCCUGUUGACACGGGAACCGCAUGGAUUUACAGAGAUGAAAACGGAAAACACUUCUUCGAAAAGCAAUUAAGCGAAGACGACAUUACUGGCGAUCACUUAGAGAUACCCAGGAGAUUGGCGCAUUAUAUACAGAGUUUGAAAUUACAACGUCGUGUUGAUGCUGGAGAAAAAACAAGGAAAGUCAAUUUGGUAGGAGAAAAUGAAUGUUAUUACUUCACUGGACAAUGGAAGGAUUUCGUAAAGGAGAAUCAAUUGAAAGCUAAUAAGGAUUUGGUACUUCUUGAGGUUUCUCAGCAAUUGGGCCUUCGAAUCGGAUACACUUGUGACCAAAAAGCUAUUGACAUGAAUAAUCCUCUACUCCUCAGACGUUUGUCUAGAGCUGAUGUAAAAGCCCUAUAUAUAAAAAAGUUGAGUGAACGAUAUUCGUUUAGUCGUGGUGGUACAGGAUUAAUAGAGAUAGAACCAGUUGUUGAGAUGAAAUUAUGCUCGCAAAUUGUGUACAGAUAUGGUGGCCGUACGAAUGGUGUAAUGUUCAUAGAGCUACCAAAGAAAGACGUGGAAGAGAAUUUGGGUCGCGAUCUUCCUCUUCCUGCAGCAGGCGGAGAAAUUGCCCUGCCUUUAUUUGAUCCUGUGGGGAACAAUUUGGUGGAGAUGAAAUUAUUGCAUACUGAGAUGGGUGAUCAAUACCAUCUUGGAGGGGGAUGGGAAGUGUAUGCUGCAAAACAUGGUUUAUUAAUUUCUGAUACAAUUUUUCUUGACAAGGUAACCGUGCAGGUUGGCAAUGAUCAUGAUCAGCUGAAUACUGCACAGUUUUCGUGUCACUAUGAAAUCACUUACCAGAGACGAAGACGAGGAGGCACUAAAGAUCAGAGCGGACCUGCUAAUUUUGCUAAAGAUGUAGUUCGUGUUACCAAAAUAAGUGAGUCGUCAGAAUAUGAAGGUGAUUCAUCCUGGCUCCAAUACUGCACUCCAUAG